UUUGACGAUGCGUCUCUUUGCUAGCAUUGCUCUGGUCAGCGGCGUCUCGGCAGUGUCACCACUUGUCGACCUCGAUUAUUCCACAUACGAGGGUACGGCACUGUGCAAUGGAAUCACUCAAUGGCUUGGAGUGAGGUUUGCUGCACCUCCGAUCGCAGAUUUGAGGUUCAAAGCACCGCGAGAUCCUGUUGUGACGAAUGCGACCCAAGAAGCGAAAGAGUUUGGGAAAUUAUGCAUGUCUACCGGAACCAGUCCGCCAGAUGACAGUUAUGAUGAGGAUUGUUUAUUCCUGAAUGUGUUUGCGCCUUCGAAUGCGACCAAGGAUUCUAAGCUGCCCGUUUACUUUUUCAUCCAAGGUGGAGGAUUCAACAGUCUGAGCAAUGCCAACUACAAUGGAUCCGGGAUUGUUACUGCAGGCAACUUCGACAUCAUUGUCGUCAGCAUAAACUACCGAGUUGGUCUUUAUGGCUUUCUAGCAGGUGAAGAAAUCAUGAAGAACGGUGGCACGACGAACAAUGGUCUCAGAGAUCAGCGCAAGGCCCUCGAGUGGACUCAGAAGUAUAUCAGUCAAUUUGGAGGAGAUCCUAAGCACGUCGUCAUGGGCGGUGAUUCAGCUGGUGCUCAAGCUGUGACGCUCCAGGUCACUGCUUUCGGAGGUAGAGACGAUGGAUUGUUUCAAGCCACUGCAGCAGAGUCUCAAUCUUUCUCUGCUCUUCGCACGGUCAAUGAAAGCCAAUUCGCAUACAACAAUCUGGUCAUCAGAACUGGCUGUACGAGUGAAAAUGACACUCUUGCAUGCCUCCGCAACCUCACAACCGCCCAGAUCCAAGCUGUGAACAUCAUCACUCCAUUCCCAGGCGCCCAGCAAAACCCGGCAUACCUAUACGGACCAGUCCUCGACUACGACUUCGUCAGCGACUAUACCCUGCGAGCCUACAAACAAGGCAAAUUCGUCAAAGUCCCAGCAAUCUACGGCGACGACACAGACGAAGGUCCCGCUUUCGCUCCCCGAAACACAUCCUCCUACGCCGAAGGCAACAUAUUCCUUCAAAACAACUUCCCAGCCUUCACCUUGGCCCAGCUAGGCCAAAUCCCAAAAUUUUACCCAGUCGAAGGCACCCCAACAUUUCCUAACUCCGGCCGCUUCUGGCGUCAAAUCGGCAACGCAUACGGUGAACUCCGCUACACCUGUCCAGGAAUCUACGUCAGCCAACAAGUCGCCGAUCACGGCGCAAAAUCUUGGAAUUAUCGUUGGAAUGUCAUUGAUCCGAAAGAUGCUGCCGAAGGACUUGGUGUCAGGCAUACCGUUGAGAUUCAGGCGAUUUGGGGAACGGAGAAUACUCAGGGUCAGGCUCCAGAUUCGUAUAAGCCGGGAGGAGUCAAUGCUGCUAUCGUGCCUGUGAUGCAAGGCUACUGGACGAGUUUUAUUCGGAGUUUUGAUCCGAAUAUGCAUCGCAAGGCUGGGACGCCGAGGUGGGAGCAGUGGGGAGAACAGCGGAGGCUGAUGUUUCAGACGAAUUAUACGAUGAUGGAGAGUGUGCCGCAGAAGCAGAAGGAGAGAUGUGGGUAUUUGAGUAGUAUUGGGGUUCAUUUGAUGCAGUAGACGGGAAUUCGUAGAACAUCUGACAGAAUUGUCAUGAGAUAUAUGAGAAUUGCUGUGGGCUUGACGAGAAUAGGAGUCCACUGACAAAGU